ACGAUUCACGGGGUCCACCAACACGUGCAAGCUACGUUCAACAUGCGCGGCUGUCACUGGCAGUACCAGUUUCUGAAAGCUGUCUGGAAUAAGAAGCACACCAUUCUUAAUGUUGGCACAGGAUCAGAAAAGACUUUGGCCUUCUACAUACCAGCUCUCUUUGCUGCGCCUGGCCAGAUUCUAAUUGUUGUUACUGCUCUAAAUGUUUUGGCUGCACAGAACGUAGCCCAGCUGGAAGCUGCCGGCAUUCCUGCUAUAUAUAUCAUGCAGGAUAUCACUGAUGGCAAGUACACUGUCGUCAUAGCAAGCCCAGAGCAGCUUGUCAAGUGGGGCGGAGGGUUUGAGAACCUAUUUAAAGAUCUCACAUUCCGAACUCGGAUCUUAUCUGUAGCGUUCAACAAAGGCCAUUGUAUCACUCAGUGGGGUUCCUUUCGGCCUGAAUACAGUGAGAUCUCCAGGUUGCAGUAUCUGCUCCCUGAGACUUCUUUUGCUUUUGCUUUGGCAAUGUUCUCACUAUUGAUCCUUGAUGAGAUCAAAAAGUCCUUUGGUCUUGCUACUGGGAACUUUGUACACAUUCACUGGCCAAAUGAUCGUCCCAACGUGCAUAUCGGGGUCCAAAAAAUAGAGCACAUGCUUGACAGCUAUUGCAACCUAGUGUUUCUGGUAUCAGAUGACUGGAAAGAAGGAGAUGACAACCCAUGCAAGUUUGUCGCAUUUUUUGAUAACAUUAACGAGGCUGUGGGAGCUGGGACAUUCUUGCACCAGAGACUCCCACUAGAGCACCACAAUAAGAUCUUAUGGUUCCACUCAAAUAUAACCAAGAAGUUCAAAGCAGAGGCUUUCAAAAAGCUGCGCACUGGGGAAAUAUGGGGCCUAUGUGCAACAGACUCUUUCAGAAUGGGCGUUGAUUUGCCCAAUAUAACAUUCAUUGUCCAAUGGUGCACCAAGUGUGAUCUAAUCACCUUAUGGCAGCGGCUUGGACAUGGGGCUCAGAACAGGAGGCUUGACACAUUUGGACUCAUCUUUGUUGAGAACAAAUAUCUAGAGAGUGAGGAAAAG